AUGACGGGUCUUUAUAUCCGUGCUCCAUCAGGUGCUUGGUCAAUUGUUAAUCGACUCAAUUUAGGCUUGAGACCUGAUGGCUAUAUCAAUACCAGUCCUGUCACAAACACAUUACCUGUCGUAUUCUAUCAAAGAGGUGUACCUGUUGCUCAUGUCGUGCAAAUGGCUGAUAAUGAUGCCACCGAUAUUCUACAAUGUCGAUGGUCGAAUUCGAAUUCGGGAACCAAUUACAAUCGUAUUGAUGAGUGUGGAUGUAUUUGUAGCGGACUACCCGCUGGAACUGUGUUGACUGCCUCCAAUUGCACACUGUCUUUUACUCUACCAACUGCCAAUAUUUAUUAUGCAUGUGCUCUGCAAAUCGAAGAUUAUUAUAACACUGCUGCUACCAGUCCCAUGAGUUCUGUUCCUAUCCAGUUCUUAUUCUAUGCAUAUGUAGCUUCUGGUGGUGCAUGUCCGCAACGUCCUCAGAUCAUCGGAGCUCGUCCGAAUCGAGCUUGCAUUGGAGUGCCAUAUGGUGUUCAACUCAAUGAAACUGUCAUCGUUCAGACCUAUUGUCCAGGUCAAACCAUCGUCGAUUUUGUCACCAGUUCACCAUAUGGAAUGACUCAUAGUGCUAUCAGUAAUCCAAGUGCUAACACUUGGGUUAUGACAUUGACAUGGACACCCGUAGUAGGACAAUCUGGUCCACAAGGCUUUUGUGCUGGUGCUCUCGACAAUAGCAGUCUCCAGUCAGACCCGUGGUGUAUCACAUACUUAGUUGAUUACACAUCACCAGAUCUCAUUCGUCCUAAACUUGUGCAAGGAUCAGCAAGUCCAGUCGGUACUGUCUUUCAGAAUCAGUCCUUAUUUCUCAUACAAGCAACAAGUUUGGUUGGUCGUCCAACCCGUAAUUCAACUAUCAUUCGUUUCAAAGAUGCUGAUACAAAUGCUACAGUUCUAUGGUAUGAUGCUGGCUAUGCUCCUAAUAUCAUCUAUACAGGAUAUACUAUUGUCAUUACUACAAAUUACUCAUGGUCACCUGGCAAGUUCUAUUAUGUCACAAUGGACAGUGGUUUUGCUAGUGGAAGCGAAUUUUGUCAUGCCGAAUCCACACCAAUUACUGAUCCUUCAUUUUGGCGUUUCAACAUCUGGAAUCCGGCGGUGUCGAGUACAACCACAACAACUACUACACCUUUCACAACUGCCACAGUGACAACAAAACCAACAUCGACAACAAGUAUCAACACUCUCUUGACAACGACUGGCAUUGUCAUAACAACAACUACUCCAAUUACAACCAAUGCAACGGCAACAACUACUUCACCUCCAACUACAGCUGCUCCAACAACAAUGGGACUGACUACGUCAAGAUCGACAACUGAAUCGACAGUUGCUGUCAUGUAUCCAAAAGAUUUGGAACUGACAUGUUCGCAAGCACUAGCGUUGAUGACAUCUAUUACGUAUGUGAUUCUGGCACCAGGUUAUGCUGUAGUGUUGUACGCUGCAUUUGUCAAAUUCGCCAAUACGUUUAAUCCAGUGAACAUCAAUGCCAAACAAAGACACAAACUUCGAUUGCAACACAUUUUAGAGCCUAGAGAAGCUUUUGAACUACUUCGUCACCAUUGA